UCCAUUUCGCGAAUGGCUAGUUUGGGCGUCAAUAAUCUGAAUCCAGCCAAUAGGCAAUGUAGCGGAAAGCAAACUGCAGAAUUACAGGAAACAAGCGGAAAACGUGGCGUUCAGUUAUAUUAAAUAACUCAGAAAUGCAAGAAGUAAACUGGAAGUUUUAGUAAAAGUAUACAAUGUAGAAACGGUUCUCUAUAUGCGGUUGCGUUGGCACUGAAUGUUUUAAUGUGUAGUUGUUUUAGUUGAAUUUGGCAGUGACCUUGACUGGUAUUUGACGUUGUGAAUUUUUAAUUGUGGAUAUGGUAAUAGAAAAAGCUUAUGUAAAGCCUAUAUUGAUAUUUAUUUAAGCAAUGUUACGGCUCAGAAGAUGCUCGUUGCUUGUGCGUUUCACUGGUGUUUCUAGCACUGUUUUAUCUAAGUGCAGAUUUUACUGUAGAAACGUGGGUAAUAAAUUGCGAAUUUGUGAAGUGCUGGCAUCUGAGGAAAUCGGAAGAAACAUAAAAAUCCAGGGUUGGGUUCGUUCUGUCCGGUCUCAGAAAGACGUUUUAUUUCUCCAUGUCAAUGAUGGGAGCUCCCUACAAAGCCUUCAGGUCGUAGCUAGUCCCAGUCUGGAUGACAGACACCUCACGUAUGGAAGUGCAGUUGAAAUCUCUGGAAACCUGAUAAAGAGUCCUCACAAAAAACAAAGUGUAGAACUGCAGGCGGACAACAUCCGAGUGGUGGGACCUUGUGACCCGGUGGUUUUUCCUUUUAAAAUAAAAGAAAGACACCCUGUGGAAUACAUUAGACAGUUUCCACAUCUUCGGUGCCGGACAAACUCGUUUGGUUCCCUGCUGAGGAUUCGGAGUGAAGCAACUGCAGCCAUCCAGUCUUUUUUUAAGGAGAAUGGUUUUGUGCAGAUCCAGACACCUGUUAUCACGUCAAAUGACUGCGAAGGAGCUGGUGAACUCUUUCAAGUUGAACCGGCUACCAGAGAGAAGCAGCAAGCAGAUGAGAAAUCCCAUUUCUUCUCCGUUCCUGCCUUUCUCACUGUGUCAGGACAGCUUCACCUGGAAGUCAUGGCAGGGGCCUUUUCUAAUGUCUACACAUUUGGGCCGACUUUUCGAGCUGAGAAUUCCCAGAGCAGAAGACACCUAGCUGAGUUUUACAUGGUGGAGGCAGAGAUCUCCUUCACAGAGAGUCUGGAGGAUCUAAUGAAGGUCAUGGAGAACCUUUUUAAAACUUCUACCGAAUGUGUUCUUGCUCAGUGUUCAGAAGACAUAGACCUGUUUCACAAAUAUGUAUCCCCUGGACACAAGGACAGGUUGAAUCGCAUGCUGCAGAAUGAAUUCAAAGUGAUCUCUUAUACAGAGGCUAUAGAUGUUCUGAAACAGAGUUCACAAACGUUUAACUUCAAACCAGAGUGGGGUUGUGAUCUUCAGACAGAACAUGAGAAGUAUCUGGUACAGCACUGUGGAAAUAUCCCGCUGUUUGUCAUCAACUACCCAUACGAUCUGAAGCCAUUCUACGCCAGGGACAAUGAAGAUGGACCGCAGCAUACUGCCGCUGCAGUGGAUCUUCUGGUGCCUGGGGUAGGAGAGCUUUGUGGAGGCACCCUGAGAGAAGAGCGACUGCACCUGUUACAAUCACGCCUAGACCGGGCGAGGAUGACAGACACCUACCAUUGGUAUUUGGAGUUGCGUCAGUUUGGCUCCGCCCCCCACGGAGGGUUUGGGAUGGGUUUUGAGCGCUAUCUGCAGUGCAUCCUGGGAGUUGACAAUAUCAAAGAUGUAAUUCCUUUCCCAAGGUUCUCCCAUUCGUGUCUUUUGUAACCAGAAUUGUAUAUUACAGAAUGUUAUCAAGUAAAGAGUGCGUUUUUA